AUGGUGCGACCACACGCAGAGGGAGUGGCUCCGACCAUCUGCUGCUGGUUCUCCCCGACCUGGGCUAUCUGGAUCCUCAGCAUACCCACAGUGGGGUCAUUGGUGAUUAAUUUCAUUUUGCUGCUCAACAUUCUGCGUAUCCUUCUGUCUAAGAUCAGGGCGUUCAACAGCGCUGAACACAACCAGAACAGGCGUGCUGUAAAGGCAGUUCUGAUCCUGAUCCCUUUGCUAGGCCUACAGAACAUGCUGACCCUGAUCAAACCACCCAUGGAUAAGGAAGCAGUCAUGGCCUGGGAAAUGCUGUCCGCCAUUCUCGUUUCUUAUCAGGGUGCAGCUGUGGCUCUGAUCUUUUGCUUCUUCAAUGGUGAGGUGCUGGCGGUUUUGAAAAGACGUUGGGAUCAAUGGCGGCAUAACUAUGACCCCGCUUUCAUGAGUCGACCCUCCAACAGCACCACCAUGGCCAUGACUUUAGACGAGUCCACUGUGAACCAUGGGGGAUACAGGAACGGGAACAAAAGGGUAGCUAAAACAUCGUCAAAGCAUGCCAAGGAUGCCACAGAACUCCAGCUGAUGGUUCCGGGGAACAAAGGCGAGAAAGGCGUCACGUUUGAGAACUGAUGGCCUCGCAUGGAAAAACCUUGACAGGGAACAAGAGGCUACAAAAUAAGAGGAAGCUAUGGCACAGUCAGGAAAUAACCUUGAAUAGAAUUCUCGUGCUGAUGUCCCUAUCUCGUGAUUCGGCCCAACCGUCGAGCCGUUAUGAAUUCAAACGAGCCAGCUCUACCGGCAGUGGGAUAAAUUUAUAGGAAUGCAAACCCUGAUGAGGAGUUUGAUAAACACUUCUUCUGUCUCCUCGGUCCCAAGUUUUUGACAAUGUAAACCAUGGAGCAUAAUGAAAGGUCUCAAACAAAUGCCAUCCGCGAGAAGGUGUUCGGAUUGUGAUGAUCUUUUAAUAUUGGCGUCCUCCAUUCAUACAUCUACAUGUUAAAAGCGUUACGCUAAAUUUUAGAUUCAUUUCUUCAAACUUUCACCUUUCAGAAUGUAAGUGUAUUGGCAAGAAAAGAGGGUCGUAAGUCGUAGUAGUGGAGUUACCCUCUAUACCUGGUGGAAGCCGAGGUUACAUUCAUCUCGGAACUACUGAGUCUUUAAACAAACUGUAGGACUUAAUUCCGUGGUCCCCAUGUCCGCUAAAUAUACGUCACUCUACCUCGUGGCAAACUGUGUUCUAGAUGUCCAAGAUUUUGACAUUUUGAAUCGGUUCAACACCCCUCCCUACUCCCAACCCCCCGAAAAAAAAAGAAAAAAGAAAAACAAACCGACUCCAUCCUAUCCAUCACCCAUGGAACAGAGGUGGGUUUGGAGAAUCAAUUAAUUGCGAGUUCGUUCUUAACUCUUUAAUUAAGAACAUAGCGGAAACACUGUCAUACCCGAUCAACCCAGACCAGAGUCGAUUUUGUGGCACGUUUCGAACCAUCUACACAAAUCAGAAACACAAUCAUAUUUUGUUGGUUGAAUAUUGUUGUCUGCCUUUGCAAGUUUCAGAAGAAAAAAAAAUGGAAUUGAAAAAUACAAAUGUAUGUACAAAUAACAAAAAAAUCACUUUUUAACUUGCCGAUGAAGAUUUUUGGCCCUAAAUGUCAAAGGAGAUUGUAGAACGAUCAAAAUGAGUAAAACAACAGCCAAUGCUUAAAAUGGCAUGUUUCACUCGUGACAUUUCAAUUGAAAUGAAUUUAUUGCCCACGAUACUUUGAAACUUAAAAAGGCACUAUUUUCGUAAGCCAAUUGGAAAUAUUAUGUUCCACAAUUGCUUAAAAAAUGAGCCUAUCCAUUGCAAUCAGCUUUUCGUUGGCCUAGAAACUUCAGCCCUUUUUUCUUCUUCUUUAUCAUGAAACAAUUGUGUGUUUUUUGUUGGUUUUUUGUGCGUUUUUCGAAACCUAUACAUGAUACGCAUAAGCUGUGGUUUGAACGACAACAAAAAAAAUUCUUAUUCUUCUGAGAAGAAAACUGGAUUUUUCUCCUCAAACUGUUCAACACCAUCCUCCACAAUCUAUUUAAUCCUCAUUGUUACUAUGAAUCAAUUGCCAAACCAUGUUGUCCUAUGAGUAUAGCAUGCUUUCAUUUAUGAGCUAAUGCACAAAAAAUAAAACAUCCAGAAACAGA